AAGUUGAUAAAACCUAGCAGUUGUUAUUUGAAAUCCAAAGCUCAUUGUUUAAAAUUUCGGAAAAAUGAAAGCUUUUACCGCCUUGUUAACUCUGGGUUUGAUUGCCUUUGCAUGGGCUGCUCCUCAGGCCCGCAUAGUAGGUGGAGAUGAUGCUGUUUUAGGGCAAAUACCUUAUCAGGCUGCCCUCUCUAUUGGUGGAUCGUACAAUUGUGGAGCUGCCAUCCUAAGUGAACGCUACGCCUUGACUGCAUUGCUUUGCGUGUGCUCUGCUGGCAGUGAUAGACCUUGGCCUCCCCAACUGUUCACGAUUAGUGCCGGUACCACCGAUCUCUAUACCGGUGGUUCCCGCAUCACCGUAGAAGAAAUCACCAUCAAUCCCAACUAUAAUGAUUUGACCACUGGCAUUGCCUUGCUGAAACUUUCUAAGCCUUUGGUCUUCUCCGAUUACAUUCAAGCCAUUCCAUUGGCUGAAAGUAAUCCUCCUAUUUAUGCUGAUGUGGAAAUUUCCGGUUGGGGUCGCACCAAGGAAGGUGAGGAAAAUAUGUAUCGUACCUUAUAAAUCAAUGAUGCCUCUGUCAUGGAUUCUGCACAAUGUGCCCGAACUUUGGGUCGCACUAAUCCCGAUGUCAUUUGCCUGGAACAUCCCCGCAAGAAUGGCAUUUGUCGUGGUGACUUUGGUGGUCCAGCUGUUUAUGAAGGAAAAUUGGUGGGCAUUGCUGCUGCAGUACUUGAGGAGUGUGGUAGCUUUUUGCCCGUUAUCUUUACUAGUGUGGCUUCCAACCAUAAAUGGAUUGUGGAACAAAUGAACAAUUAAAAAUAUUAAAUAAUAAAACUAAUUGCCCUCUAACUCAAUCUUAUGGACUGUAAAGCCUUUUAAAUAA